CUUUGUUCUACUUAGGACAAAACUUAGUGGUAGUUGUAGAGGUUAACGUCUAGAAGUAAAAGGAUAUAAAAAUAUAGACGCAACUACUUGAAAUGGAAAUGAAGCCGUCAAGAAAAACAACUACAGCAGGGCUGUAAAAACUAGAUGAUUUAGGAAUUCAGUUUGUGAAUAACUGAAAAUAGCAUGACUCGACUUCUUUGUUUCUCUACCACUCUCUUUGCCUUUGCAGCACCGCUUCAAGUGGUCGCUGACCUAGCUCGCAGCCAUUCUGGUGCACGCCCAGGGACGACACGGACCUUGCAGACUGAAGCUUCCGAACUUUUCCGAGACGUAGUUGAGCGAUCAAAAACAAGGAUUGCGAAGGGGCAAACGCAAAGCAAACGAGACCGACUACAAGCAGCACAGGCAGAAGCCGAUUUUUUGAACGCUAUAGCUCGUAUUAGAGACAAAAUAGAGAAGGAGAACAUGAAGAUGUCAGCAGGUGGCGCUAACAUCGAACGUGCGCAAAUAUUCGUCACGGGUAAAGUCCAAGGUGUCUAUUACCGUGACACGACGAAGAAGAAAGCGGAGUCGCUAGGCUUAGUCGGUGCGGCCUGGAAUUUGAAAGACGGUAGAGUCGAAAUUAUUGCGGAGGGGCCGAAGGUAACACGUGUUCAUCACCUCGUCUGAAUCAUCUGCUGAUACUACUACAACUCGUACUAUAGUUAUAGAAGUACUCGAAAACUGAAAAUAACCGAGUUACUGACUGAAAUAAGGGAGGUAGCUUUGACAGGGCUACUCUUCCCCGUUCAGUAUCUCACUUAUUUUCAGUAGUUAUUCGCUUAUUUCAGUUUUUCGAGUAGACGAUCAUGAGGCAUCUCAACACUUCAAUUCCUUCAUCUCGCUCAGGACCAGCUCCAGCCACGAGGCAUCUCAACACUUCAAUUCCUUCAUCUCGCUCAGGACCGGCUCCAGCAACUCGAGCAAUGGUGCUAUAAAGGACCAGAAGGCGCUAAGGAGGUAGGUUUGGACAACGAAUUGACGGCCAAAAGGAAAGUCACGAAUGUAGAGGCAAAAUACUCUAAGCCACAAGGUGACUACAUUGGUAAAGGGUUUAAGAAUGCUGGAAAGAAAUGAACUUACAUGAGGACAGUCUACUUCUGGUUCUGAUUGUUUGUGAGGCAGAGACAUCAUGUUGAAGAUAUGUAUGAGAUGAACAACUACGAGGAGAACAAGUCAAAAUCAACAUUUGUUUCCAGUGUUUCCGAAUAGAUUGUAGUUGUACCCUGCCCGGUACCUG